GAAAAGACAGGCUUUUGGGCUAUCAGGGGACUGAGCUUAUGGCUGAGAACUUGAGGGGGUGAGCCAUCCUGCAAAUCCCUUCUCAUAAGACACACCAUCCAGAGCCCCCCAUCUUAAGUGGAGGUGCAUCACCCACAAUUAUGUCCUAGAGAUGAUCAUUUGGUGAAAGAGAGAUGGUCAUUUGGUGAAAAGAGGAGGAUGGAAAGACUGUCUGUGACUGUCUUGGGUCUUUCUAGCAUCCCUCUUCCCUCUCCCACAGUGGCUCUGAAGCAAUCACCCAAUCCUAGAGCAUGUGGGAUUGGGUUACAAAGAACCGGGUGGGGGCAGUUGAAAGAGAAAAAAGUCACAAAAGGAACUUGUGGGAAGGGAGGAGGAGGCCUUGAUGGUAUGCAUUAGAGCUGGUCUUUUCUGAUUCCAGUGGGACCUCUCUCUGCCAACCUCCACUAGGAGUCUCAAAAGACUCAGCCCUGCUUCAUCCAGACUCCUCUCCCUAAGUGAGUCAAUGAGACAACUUCCUCCAUCCCACAACCUAAACAACCACCCCUUGGGCUAUUCCUUUGCAAACUUCUCUUUCAAGACAGUCUUUGAAGUUCCUUUUACUGGAAUUUUUUUUUUCUUUUUUUUUUUGCAGUAAAUGGGGAAGGGGAGACUCAAUGCAGCCUUUACCUUGGUCUCUACCUGCCCUACCACCAUGUCUUGCCUUUGCCAUAAAACAAAAUAGCUUAUUUUUCUCUGAGCUCCUCCAUCCAGUUUGUCUCGACCGUCUGGGAAGUUAGGGCAACCACUCCAGAGACCGGGACAUUCAGCGCGUCAGCGCGCAGACCCGGCCCCAAGGUGUGUGGGCGAGCAGACAGACCCCCAGUGUUCCGGGACCAGGCGGACGCAGCGCGCGUGGGUGGGGGGAAGGUGGAGAUGGCCGGGGGUGAGGCAGAGUGGGGCCGUCUGCUCCAAGGCCGGGACUGCGGAGCUAGGGCUUGAGCAGCUAGGCAGCUGCAACCCAUUAGGGGCGGUGAGCUCAUGGCUGAGCGAGAGUCUCAGCCACAGGAAACAGCAGCGGCAGGAGGGGAGGAGGGGUCUGGGGAGGGAGGCGGCGGGCGGGAGCACGGCGACCCAGCCUCCUGCCGGCGGGGACCAGAGAGGAGACCAGAGAGACUGAGUCAGCUCUCCCUGGCCCAGUUCCUCUUUCUUUUUCCUCCAGCCUCCCUGCCAGAGGGUGCCCUUCCCUCCGUAGAGGGGCGGCCCCAGUAGUGCCCCUGCCCCUCCUCCACUCCCUGCAGUGAGCUCCCCCUGGCAAGGCCUCUCCCCCUCCUUCACUCUGCAGGGAGCGCCCCCUUGGCCAUGCCCCCGCCCUCUUUGCAGUGGGCGCUCUCUCUGGCAGUGCCCACUCUUGCAGCGAUGCUUCAGAGUACUCUGCAGUGAAAGUUCCCAGGGCAGUGUUCACUCCUAUUGGUGUGGGCUUCUUCUUAGCGGUACCCUCCAGCUUCCAGCGCCCCAAGUUGAUUCUGCCAGGGUCCCCUACCCCCUGCAGGGCGCUCCGGCUCAUGUUCCCCACUCUCUGCUGCAGGAGUGCCCUGAGGCAGCCCUUCAGUUCCCUGCAGCAAGAGCUCUGGGGCACUUCCCUCCCCCACAAACUCCGGUCGGCUCUGGCAGUGUCACGCCCCCUGGUUCUGUGAGCUCCCCCUAAGCACCCCCAACUACCCUGAGGCAGCCCUUUUUCUCUGCGGGAAUCUCCCUCUUUGGCCAUGCCCCUGGCCCCGUCCCAGCCACAGCUGUGGCCGGUCCCCCAGGGCCGGAUGGGUGGGCCUGCCUCACCGGGUUGGGGACAGGGAUGGAAAAUGGUGGUUCCAUGCAGGUCAGUUCUCAUGACCCGAGGGGCCGGGCCUCUUCCAGGGACGCUGCAGGACCAACCCGCAGGGGUCUCCCGCGGCCUCCUUAACGUGAAGACAAUGAGGAUGAAGACUUUUAUGAUGAGCCUCUUCCACUAUAGGAAUGCCUCUCCUCAUCUCCUGACUGUCUUGGCCUCGGCAAGAAGAACACCCGUCCCUACCCAGCUGUCUUCAGCUCCUGUCCUUCCUCCCAGCUGCCAGAGAAUUAUCAGCAGGAGGAAUGGCACCAGCUGUGACCCGGCUCCUUUUCCUUCAGCUUGUUCUAGGGCCAACUCUGGUCAUGGACAUCAAGACGCAGAUUGGCAAAAAGAAAUUCUAUGCUUUAAACAUUGACUAUCCCAGGGUUAUCUUCCCAAAGGGUUUCCAGGGCUAUUGUAAUGGUCUGAUGUCCUAUAUGCGGGGCAAGGUGCAAAAUUCGGAUUGCCCAAAGAUCCAUUAUGUGAUACAUGCCCCUUGGAAGGUCGUCAAGAGGUUCUGCAAGUAUAGUGACAACUUCUGUGAUAAUUACAAUGAAUACUGCACGCUCACCGAGGAUUCCUUCCCCAUCACGGUCUGCUCCCUGAACUACCAACAGCCACCCACCAGUUGCUACUACGAUAGCACCCUGACCAACCAGAAGCUCUACCUACUCUGCUCCCGCAAGUAUGAAGCUGAUCCAAUAGGUAUCAUCGGUCUCUAUUCGGGAGUUUAAUUCCUGAGUCAUUCCCCAACCUCUACCACCACAGACCAGCCUGUCUCCAUUUCCAACACUCUGAUUCCUGUAACAAGACUUCCUUCCUGACUUCUGAGGCAGGCAGAGUCCCCUCCCAAGAGACCAGGUGGGUGGGAAAAUGUCCAGGGCUUUGAUCACCAUGCGAAGUGGUGCUACCUUCUAGGUUCUUUCCAGCUUGUUUACCCCCUCUUCACCCCCACCUCCUCAUCAUCCUCCCUCUCCCAGAGACAGUAAAACCCACCCAAGAAGUUGACUGUGUCCAGUUGGCAGUGACUGUCCACCCACUGGGCCAGAUCCUAAGUCCUGGAUGGAGGCCCAGGGCCUCAGCUCACACCAUGGCAACAGGCACCAGCUCCGAGUCUCACCUCCCCAUUCCCACCACCCUUCUCGUCUCAGCCUCCCCUAGUUCCCUUAUAAUUCCCUCCACUCACGCACCUACUCAGGGGAUAUGGCUAGCUAUAGGAACCUCCCUGAGGCCUACAGACUCAUGUUAGCCUCACUUCCCCACAACCCCCAGUUUCCAGCCUGUUUCUCUCUGUGAAAUCAUUGUUUCUCCCUUCAUAUAACUUUCCUCUCCUCUUUCCUCUUACUAUGGAGCCUAGGACUGUCUCUCCCCGCAACUCCCCACCACCUUAGUCACCCUGCCUUCCUUUUUCCAACCUCUUUUUCUUCCAGUCUUCUUACCUUGGCUCACUGGCAUUUCAAGGUAUCUUCUCUCAUCCAUUCCACAGAGGUUCCUGCUUCCCUUCUCUUCCAGAAGCUCCUCCCAAAUCCCCCAGACUCCAGAGUCUGCCCCUGACCAGGCAGGGAAUGAGGCAGGCCCAGCUCUAAUCAAACAUAAAUUUCUAAAACCACAUCUGAGUACGUAAGAUGUAACCAUUGGAGGAAACUGGGUGAAGGGCACAAGAGACCCCUCUGUACUAUUUUUUUUUUUGUAAC